AUGAAAGAUUUAUCAUCCAUAUCACCAAUUAUAGAUAACAUAGGUCCAUUCAAUGAAGUACCACAAGAAUAUAACUCUCAAGAUUCAUAUAAUUCUCUUUUAAAUUCAAAAAUUUUAAUAAUUGGAUCAGGAGGAUUAGGUUGUGAAAUUUUAAAAAAUUUAUCAUUAACUGGUUUCAAAAAUAUACAUAUUAUUGAUAUGGAUACAAUUGAUUUAAGUAAUUUAAAUAGACAAUUCUUGUUUAGAAGUGAAGAUAUUGGGAAAAGUAAAUCUGAAAUUGCUGUAAAAUUUAUAAAAAAUAUACUAGAUGAUGAUACCACGUUAGAAAUUGUUCCACAUUUUAAAAAAAUUCAAGAUAUGGAUUUAGAAUUUUAUAAACAAUUUCAAUUAGUUAUAAGUGGAUUAGAUUCAAUUGAAGCAAGAAGAUGGAUAAAUUCAAUAUUAUUUAAUUUAGCAGAAAGUGAAAAUUUAAUUAUUCCAUUAAUUGAUGGUGGUACUGAAGGUUUCCGAGGUCAAAGUAGAGUUAUUAUUCCUACAUUUACAUCAUGUUUUGAAUGUUCUUUAGAUUUAUUAAAUGUUAAAACUACUUAUCCUGUUUGUACUAUUGCAAAUACUCCAAGAUUACCUGAACAUUGUAUUGAAUGGGCUCAUCAAUUAGAAUGGACAAGACAAUUUCCCAACACAAAAUUUGAUGCAGAUGAUCCUGAUCAAGUUGAUUGGAUGUUUAAUACAGCAUUAAAAAGAAGUAAAGAAUUUGGAAUUGAAGGAGUAACUAAAUCUUUAACUUUGGGAGUUGUUAAAAAUAUAAUUCCUGCUAUUGCAUCAACAAAUGCAAUAAUUGCAGCAAGUUGUUGUAAUGAAGCUUUUAAAUAUAUAACAUCAACUAAUCCAAUGUUAAAUAAUUAUAUGAUGUAUUCAGGAGAUGAUUCCAUAUUUACAUAUACUUAUUCAUAUACUAAAAAAACAAAUUGUUCAGUAUGUGGAAAUAUAGCAAAAAAUAUCGUGGUUCAAAAUUGGUGGACAUUACAACAAUUUAUUCAUGAAAUUAAAUCAAAACAAGAUAUUCAAUUAAUUAAUCCAAGUUUGACUACAUCUUCAAAAUUACUUUAUAUGUCAUCACCACAGGAAUUACAAAUUUCAACUAAAUCAAAUUUAAGUAAAAAAAUGAGAGAUUUGGUAAGUGUUGGUGAAGAAAUUGUUAUAACUGAUUUAAAUUUACCAAUUAGUUUAAAAUUUAUAAUUCAAUUCGAAGGAAGUUAUGAAGAUCCGGAAUUUUCAUAA